CAAGUUCAUUGCUUUGCCUGCUUAUCCCCAGGGCCUCCCGUUGAGGCGCCACCUACCUGGUCGGCACCGAAGGAGGCACUCUUGGAGAAGUCUCUCUUUGUCUCACCCUGUUACGUGGUGGGCUUGGUGGGCUCACAGCAGAGGCAGCUGGGGGCUCUCCCCACCACCCGUCAUACCAGCCUCGCUUCCUGGAGACCAAACCACAAGCAGAACAGCACGGAGGCGUGAGAGACACUCACAGGCUGGGGUUGGUUGCAUGCGUGCAAGAGAGAGCAGCAAGCAAAGAUACAACCAGGAACAGCAAGGCAGAGUAGGUGAGUGGGCAGAGAGUGGCCGUGUCCAUCUCUGGCCCAGGAUGGCACUGCCCGCCACUGGGCACGCAUAACCAUCAGGGAUGACACCAAACAUGUGGCUCUUCGUGAUCGCAGGAUGGCUGACGGCAGCCCUCUCAGGUCCUUCAUCUCCAACCCCCUCUGGCCAGCUCAACACCAGUAGUGCGGACAGCGAGCCCUUGGAGCCAGCGGAGCAGCUCGGAGUGCGCCUGGUGAACGGGAGCAGCCGCUGCGGCGGGACGGUGGAGGUCUGGCUCGGAGAGGCCUGGGAACCUGCGUGCGGGGCGCUGUGGAACGGCCACGCCACCGAGGCCGUAUGCCGCGCGCUGGGCUGCAGCGGGGCGCAGACGGCGGUCCAGCCCGCCCUGCCGACUGGGGAGCCGCCGCCUGCGCCCCCCGCGGGGAACGCCAGCAGCUGGUCCCCGAACUCCACCUGGGCCUCCGCGCCCACCAUCGUGUGCUUUAACGCUGAAUGGCGGUUCUGCGAGGUGAUGGACCACGCGUGCAGCAGCGACGAGAAAGCGGUCCAGGUCAGCUGUCCAGAGAAUCGUGCGCUGCGGCUGGUGGACGGCGGCGGCAGGUGCGCAGGCCGCGUGGAGAUGCUGGAGCACGGAGAGUGGGGCUCGGUGUGCGACGACACGUGGGACCUAGAGGACGCCCACGUGGUGUGCCGGCAACUGGGCUGCGGCUGGGCGAUCCAGGCCUUGCCUGGCUUGCACUUCGCCCCCGGCCAGGGGCUCAUCCACCGGGAUCAGGUGAACUGCUCCGGGGCCGAGGACUACCUGUGGGACUGCCCCGGGCUGCCGGGAGACCGCUACUGCGGUCACAAAGAGGACGCGGGCGUGGUGUGCUCAGAGCACCAGUCCUGGCGUCUGACUGGGGGCACUGACCCCUGCGAGGGGCAGGUGGAGGUCCACUUCCGUGGGGUCUGGAACACGGUGUGUGACAGUGAGUGGUACUCGCCGGAGGCUGAGGUGCUCUGCCGGACCUUGGGCUGUGGGACCCUGAACAGAGUGCCCAAGGGGCUGCCCCACUCCCUAUUGGGCAUGAUGUACUACUCGUGCACAGGAGGGGAGCCUACCCUCUCCGACUGCUCCUGGCGGUUCAACAACUCCAAUCUCUGCAGCCAGUCGCUGGCAGCCAGGGUCAUCUGCUCAGGUGUGCGCAAUCUGUCAUCUCUUGAAGUUCCUGCUAGUUUUCAGCCAGUCACUGUAGAAUCUUCUGUGACAGUGAGAAUGGAGGACAAGGAAUCUCUGCAGCUAAUACUCCUUAUCCCCUGCAUCAUUCUGGGAAUCCUCCUCCUUGGCUCAUUCAUUUCCAUAGUCUUCCUCCUCUUGAAAGUUAAAGGAAAAUACGCCCUCCCCAUUAUGGCAAACCACCAGCACCUACCCACCACCACCCCAGUAGGAAUCAAUAGCUAUCAAGAGGCCUCCAUCACCAUCCCCAAAGAAGAAGUUCCCAAGCUGCCCAUCCAGGUCCGGGCCCCGCCCCCCGAGGACUCCGACUCCGGCUCUGACUCGGACUAUGAGCACUAUGACUUCAGCGCCCAGCCUCCUGUGGCCCUGACCACCUUCUACAAUUCCCAGCGGCACCGGGUCACCGAUGACGAAGCCCAGCAGAGCAGGUUCCAGAUGCCCCCCUUGGAGGAAGGACUUGAAGAGGCCCAUGCCUCCAGGUCCCACCUGCCAACUCCUGGACAUUGUGUUGCAGAUCCCCCUACCCUGGCUCCUCAGCACCACCCAGGACACAGCAGUGGCUCCAGCACAUCUUCCGGGGAGGAUUACUGUAACAGCCCCCGCAGCAAGCUGCCUGCAUGGAACCCCCAAGUCUUUUCUUCAGAGAAGAACCUCCUCCUGCAUCAGCCCCCUAACUUGGAGCUGGCUGGCUCCCAGCCGAUUCUUUCAGCAGGGCCCUCGGCUGACGACAGCUCCAGCACAUCGUCCGGGGAGUGGUACCAGAACUUCCAGCCGCCGCCCCAGCCCCUUUUGGUGCAGCAAUCUGAGUGCCCAGGGUCCCCCAGCCCCCAGCCUGACUCUACUGACAAUGACGACUAUGAUGACAUCGGAGCAGCCUAG